AUUAUUUCUAUAAUUUGGAAAACAUUAUUUGUGAACCAAACGAACCCAAGGGAGACUCUGAAGUCUGAGAUCUGUAUGGGGAGUCAACGGAGAAGCUAUUGGUUGUUUGUCCAUUUUACAUGUAACCCUAAUCUCCUCCUCCUCCUUCUCCUCCGUUUUUGAUGAUUUCUAAAGAACAGGAGAGUAAAGGUAUAAAAAAAAAGGAAGCAUCUCUCUAGUGCUCAGCUUAAUUAUGUUUGCUGAUUUUGCUGCACCUGCAACAAUGGCGGAGUCCCCUGAUUACGAAUAUGUCGAUGAUUGUCAUGACACUAUGGAUGAGAAUACAGAUGAUUUCGUGAAGAAAAUAGCAACUCAGAGUACAGAUGAUUUCGUGAAGGAAAUAACUCAGAAUACAGGUUCCGAGACGACAAUAGCAACUCGGAAUACAGCUUUCUCGACGUCAUUAUUCCAUCGGGCUCUGGCUAUAGAUAAUUUCAGCACGGCAGUAUCAACUCUUAGUGGAGUCAAGCGCAGCAGAGCACACGAAAUUGAAACGGCUUAGAAACAGAGUACUGUGGAGGGCAUUAGAUCAGUUUUUUCAUCUAGUCCAAUGCAUAAAACAUUGGCAGGGGGAAAAAAAAGGGGAGGCAGGAAGGAGAUAUGCUCCAUUGCAAUGAUGAGACACUUUCGGGAGCUUCAUGCAUGCAUAUCAACAUUACCAUCUGAAUCAUCUGAAUCUGUAGUGAGAUCGAAAUAUCCUCAAAAAAAGGUCCCAGAGAGUGUAGAAGUGAUUCGGUUGCACGGGACUGGUUUGGAAGACCCUGAUGAUGGCUUUGCUUGGAAAAAAUACGGAAGUAAAGAAAUUCUUGGAUCCAAGUACCCAAGAUCAUAUUACAGAUGUAUCUAUAGACAUACUAGAGGCUGUUUGGCCACAAAGUUGGUGCAAAGAUCUGAAGAUGAUCCUUCCACAUUCGAGGUCACUUACAGGGGAAGGCAUAGUUGCGGCAGACAUUUGGAAUCUAGUUAUCAGAAGACAUCAGUUGAGCUGAAAGAAGAGGAGAUUUUGCUAACUAAAGAAAGAAAACAGCUGAAGGAGGUAUGCUUCUUGAUAUUUAUGGAGAAUCAGAGGGGUACACAUCAAAAUUUGAAUAAAAUGAAGAUUACCAGAAUUUUUCGAACAGUAUACAUGCUUGUUAAAGUAAUUAGGGCAAUGACAACUAAUAGAGGGAACUAUUUUAAGGCAUCGGAACCGAGGAGCAGACAUUCUCACAAGGAAUUGGACAAAAAACUUGGCGAGACCAGUAUCUCAAAGUUGGAGGAGCUUUCUGAUCGCUUAACUUGGUUUUGCUCUCUCUUGCCCUCUAAUUACGAAUUUGAUAAGGAUACAAUGAUCCAAUUAGUGGUUGCACAAGGAUUUUUUAAUCAUGAAUGUGCGCCGAGUAUGGAGACUAUGGCAAAUCAACAGUUUGAUGACAUGUUUAAGAAGAGGUUCAUACUGGAAUCUAGAUUUGACAUGGCUAGAGGGAGAAUGAAGUACAAAGUUGAUAACGUCGUGUCCACAAGUCCGUACUUGCGGGUACAAGAAGCUGAAUUGAGUAAUACUUCUGAAGAGGUCCAGCAUUUGUCGUUGCUCUCUGAGUACGUUGAUCAAGCUACUUAUAAAAUUCUCCAAGGAUUCAACAAAUUACAGACUCUUAUACUGUUUUGUCAGAAUGGUGAUUCCAUCAAGCGAGUACCUUAUGAUCUCUUCCUCAAGCUACAACACUUGAGAACCUUGGAUUUGCAUGGAACUAACAUAUCUGAGUUGCCAGAUUCUAUUAGUUAUUUGUCAUCUUUAUAUUAUCUUGAUGUCUCUGAGACACCUCUAAGACUCCUUCCUGAAUCUAUAGGUAGUCUUCGACAUUUACAAACACUAUAGCUCGAGAGUUGUUUUAAUUUUUUUAGAUUACCAGAGUGUACCAAGAAGUUGGUUAAUUUACGCCAUUUGGAUCUUGACAUUCUUGGCCAACUAACUUCAAUGCCAGUUGGAAUGGGUAAUUU